AAUCUAUGUCUACAUAAAUAGAUUUUUACGCUGAUUCUCACAUUUUCAGGCGUGAAGAUUCUGUCUCCGCGGUUGGCUGAUCCGGUUGGUACUGGUGAGGGUAGGUGAUCGUCUAUACUGAGAAGACAUGAAGUUCCUCCUAAUUUUGCUUUUGCUCAUCCCGGUCAUAACUUCUUCAGCUAAACCAAAAUCUGCAAAGUCCCAAAAGGAAACCAAGGGUGGAAAAGAUCCGAAGAAAGAGCAAGCCUUAAGGGAAACAGUAAAGGCAAACACGAAAUUUGUCAUCAAUUUCUUCAAACAUCUGACCUCCAGGUCAUCUCAGGAAAAGAAUUCUCCACCCAAAAAUGUUGUUUUGUCACCUUUCAGCAUUUCUUCUGCUUUUUCCAUGAUGUUGUUGGGGGCCACGUCAAAGACCCACCAGGAAAUGUGGAAAGGUUUGAGCCUGAACAACGCACGUUGCAGGGAAAUGGAGGUCCACCGGGCGUAUUCCAAUCUUCUCCAGAUGUUAAAUGAGCCGAAGAGCAGCCUUCAGGUCCACAUCGGAAACGCCAUCUUUCUAAAAGAUAAACUGACCGUGCUGGAGAGCUUUAAAGAUGAUACAAAGCGCUACUACCAUGCUGAAAUUAUACAAGAGGAUUUUAGCGACCUAAAAAAAGUUGAAAAGAAAAUAAAUCGAUACGUGAAAAAUAAAACUAAGGGCAAAAUUGAUGAACUUGUCAAAGACCUUCAUAACGACACUAAGAUGGUCCUGAUCAACUACGUUCUGUUUAAGGGCGAAUGGCAGAAAACUUUUCAUCCAGAUAGUACAAGAGUUGGGAAGUUCUUUGUUGAUGAGAACACAGAGGUGGAUGUUCCAAUGAUGCAUCGCACGGGUCGCUACAACACUUUCCAUGACACGGAUCUUCCUUGUACAGUGGUGGAGCUUCCAUACAAGGACAACGCAUCCAUGAUUAUCGCCGUGGCCGAGCCGGGCAAGAUCCACGAGGUAGAGCGAGGAAUGUCGGCCAAGACCAUACAACGAUGGAGGACAUCACUCAUAGAAGGGUUCAUUGACCUCUCUGUGCCAAAAUUUUCCAUCAGUUCAACUAUAGACCUAAAGGAGGUUUUGCGUGCCCUUGGCAUCAGAACUGCCUUCUCCAAAGAUGCCAAGUUCCCCGGAAUCACUCGUGAUAUUAAACUAAAAGUUGGAAAGGCCGUACACAAGGCUGUCCUGGAUGUGGAUGAAAAAGGGACGGUGGCUGCCGGAGCCACGGCCAUAGAAAUGGUUCGAUUCUCGCUAUUGGAAAAGAUACAAAUUAACCGUCCAUUCAUUUCCAUCAUCUGUGAGCACAAAACCAACAGCAUUCUCUUCAUGGCGACUGUCAUGAAUCCUUCCCGGAAAUAACCCAGAAGAACGCCGCGCCUUCCACCAAUGGAACAUUCCAGGGGGCUCAAUAAAUAAAAGCUGUGUAUUCUCCA